AUGGGUAUCGAUGGAUUCUUGCGCCAGCUUAGCGAUGCUGUAGAUAAGACCCAUGUACAACGCUUUACAGGCCAGACAUUGGUCGUAGAUGCAUUAUCAUGGCUGUACAAAGCUUGUUAUGGCUGUGCUUUGAAGCUCUCAAUAGGCCAAGAGACGGAUAAAUACGUUCAGUAUAUGCUCCGUAAAGUAAACAUGAUACGAAGCUAUGGAGUCGCCCAGGUUGUUCUGGUCUUUGACGGCCAGAGACUGCCGCUUAAGUCUUUGACACAGGAGAAAAGGCAAAAGCACAAGGAAGAGAAUCGGAGUCGAGCAUUGCAAGCUAUGGCAGUCUCAAAGCAACUACAAGGAACUGAUCGACAGGAUGAAGUCAAUAAGGCCUAUCAACUCUUCCAGAGAUCAGUCUCGAUCACCCCACGGAUCAUUUCUACAGUCAUAAAUGCAUUGCGAGAAGCUGGCAUCCCGUUCGUUGUAGCACCAUUCGAAGCCGAUGCACAGAUGGUGUGGAUGUGCAAGGAGGGCUUGGCAGCAGGAAUUGUGACGGAAGAUUCGGAUGUGGUAGUUUAUUGCCUCACUGCCAACGUCUCGUGCCCUGUUCUUGUCAAACUGGAGGACAAUGGCACUGUUCAGGCUGUGUCGCGCUCCAUUCUUCACAAGAACUCGGCGAAGACUUCUUCAAACGCCUUGCUGAGGAAAAUUCAUUAUCUCACCUCAGGGGAAAAAGAAGCCACACGGAUGUUUGUGCAAGCGUGUGUUCUAGCCGGCUGCGAUUUUAUCGACUCGCUUCCGAACAUGGGAUUUGCCACUGCAGUUAAACACAUCUUCAAUUUUCGCGGUGCACCCGCUCACUUGCGAGUCCAACGGUUGAUGAGCAAGCUUUCGAGUUCAGGCACAAAGAUUCCAAGCAACUUCAUGCAGGAGUUCUUCAAGGCAGAAACCAUUUUCUUCCACCACAUCAUCUUCAAUCCUCAGAAACGCAGCUGUGAGCUUCUUGUCGAUGAGAAACACAUUAACUGUUUUCCUGACGUUCUGCAGCGCGCGAAAGAAUCGCUAGGCAUCACAUCUACAGACGAAGUAGGCCUAACGUCAAACACCCAACAGGAAGAUCUGCAUGCAGUUGCCACGUCGACAAAGAGCUUUCUUGGAGAAGUCCUGUCACGCGAGAUUAUCGAGCAAAUAUACAAGGGUGAAGUGUGUGCGCGAACGCUCUGCCUUCUUUCCGAUAGCCCCACAAGCUCACAAAAGCAUGAAAGCUUCACUGGGUCGCAGAGUGGACAAUCGUUGACCGCACUUCGUGAAACCCGCAGUAAAUUUAACAAUCACGCACGCAAGAUCAGUCAAGGAUUUUCUGCAAUAGUUAGGCAAAGAGAAGUCAAGCAGCUUUCACCCAUUGCGACAGCUCGGCAGAGUGAGAUCAAGAAGUGCUUGCAGGCUAACAAACGUGCUGAAUCACUGCAAACUCUGAUGAGCGUUUACAAGACCGCAAGUGUAGUGGCAACAGCCGCAACAAACGAAGCAGUGAAGCAGUCGACUUUGACAGUAAGAACUCGAGAAACGGAUUCAAAGCACUUCAACGGGGGCAAAAACAACUCAAAAGCUGAUGUACUCGGAGCUUCGGCUAGCAUACUAUCGUCAACUGUUUCAGAAGUCAAGGCGUCCAAGGUAACUGCAAUGAAGGAUCUUAUUGCAAAGCAUUCUUCAUCUGUCCAAGCAGCAAAGUCUCGAAACGUUCAAAAAAACUCACUUAUGAAAGUCGCAUCGCAAAGUGCCCCCGAGUCUAGAAAGAGGUCACAACCCGCAACAAAAUCUGAAAGCAGCAGUGCUUUCUGUAAGAAAGUUCGACCCCUCGAGCAAAAGUCGAUGCCGGAUGGCAGUCGAACAACCUUGUUUGACUUUUUUCAGCAACAACAAUAA